UGAAAGAAAGUGCGCGUAUAUAGAAAUUAUUAGAGACGAAACUAAUUUUAUUAGUAAUUAAUAAAAAAUUAUCAAAUGCGCAGACAACUAUAAGACUUAUGUGCACAAAUACAACAUAAAUCCCACCACUUCAAAUUGGACGUAAAACGAUAUCGUCGUCGUUAGCCAAAAAUGGAGCAACAGCAACCGAAGCGUUCCUCAUUGCAUUUUACUGCCGAGCUCGGGGCACUGGGAACUGGAACCGGAGCUGGAACUGGAGCUGGAGUUGAGACGGGUUCAAAUUGUUCGCCGGCAACAACUCCACUGGGCGGCGGAAGCAAUGGCAACGCUGGAUUUUUGCCCGAUAUGCCGCAAUGGAAGAAGGAUUUGAUACAGCGACGCAAAACGAAUGUGGCACGUACAAAUGCUGCCGCCAGCUCACCCACAGCGUCCACAGCUGAUGGCAGCAGCAGCAGUUGCAUGGCUUUCACUGAACCUGCAGAGUCAGGUGCGACUGACGCCAGUGCAACAGCAACAACAACAAUAACUAGUCAACAGCAACAACAACAGAAGCAUGUGAAACGAAAUGUAAGCCAAACAACAACAACAACAUUAAAGACUUCACCAACAGCAGAGGAAAAGUCUGAGAAAUGUUUUAUUGGAGCUGGAGGUCAUCAAACGCUUCCAGCAGCAACAACAACUACAGCAUCAUCCCAAAGUACACAACAAGGCAAAGAAGCGACCGCGGCAUUUUCAGCAGAAACCGCAACAACAACGGCACCAAUACCAAAGCAGCGAUCAAGUUUAUUUAACACAAGAAGUCAAUCAACUGGCAAGGAGCAACAGCAAGAGAUUCUAAAUUUGGACUCUGCAGAGCGCGGAGAGCGAGAGCGAGAGAGUGAAAGAGAGCGUGCGUGCGGAGAGCGUGACGUUGAGGUGGUGAAUAUGUUGAAUAGCAGCGGCAAUCGAGUGCGCUCUCGCGGCGUCGUCAGUGGUGGUGGUGAAGUUGAAACUAGCACAGCGACAACUGGAGCAUUAACAGCACUGGGCAGCAGCAGCGACGUCGGCGCAGCAACAGCGGCAACGGCAACAGCAACAGCGGCGACAUCGUCGUCGUCAGCAAAUCAGUUGCAAACGAAAUGCAAACUUGGCCAGAGCGUUGGUGCUGAAGCAGCGGCAACGAUCUUGCCAACAACAACACUUUUUGUUGAUAAAAAUUGUAAAACGAAAAUAUCCGAUAAAUUGCAGAGCAACAAGUUCAUACAAAAUCAACAGCAGCAGCAACAACAACAAUUGGCUGCAUCGCCCACGAAAGUAGCGGUAAAAACAACAAUGGUCGCCAUGCAAGAAAUGAAAAAGACAACAACACAAAAUGGCCAACAUCGUCAUCAUCAUCAUCAUCACCACCAUCAUCAUCACAAUCAGCACAAUGUGAAAAACGACGACGUCGUUGGCGUCGUUAGCGACGGCGGCGUCGUCGUUGGCGUCGAGGAUUUAAGCUACGGUCCCGGCAUUGUGUCGAAGCUGCGCUGUCGCUAUCUCAGCUUGGCGCUGCGCUGCGAGGCGACGCGACAGCAAUCGCAGCAGCAGAGCCAGCGACUGCAGCGUUCGACCAGUCUCAAUACGCUGCUCGAUCGCAGCGAUAACGAUCACGACGAUAACGUCGAUAACGAUGACAACGUCGAUGUCGAGGAGCCGGUUAAACAAUGCAAAACUGCUGUUGUUGCUCCGCCGCCCAUUUUGGGCGUGAAACCAACGGGAAUUGCAACCACAGGCAGCGGUUAUAUUAAAAGCGUAACCAUUGCUCAACAACAGCUGCGCCAACAACAACAACAACACCAACAGCAGCAACAACAACAACAAAUCGAACAGCAACAGGAACAACAACAGCGUUCGCGUCACUUUAAACGCGGCAACGAGGUGAUGAAGCGAGCGCGCAGCGUUGAAGCUUUACUCUGCGAAAAGUCACCGUGGAGCAACAAUCACAACUACAACAACAACAACAUGGCCGCCUCAGUUGCGCCGUCAAGCAACAAUGUGGUCACCAUCGAGGAUAAAAUUAAUAAUGCACGCGAACGUUUGCACAGCGGCACCGAUGCAGCGCCCCCCAAGCGUCUCAGUUCGAUAAUCGAUGACACCGAACGUCCGCCACCCGAUUUGGUAAAGCAAACGUUGAAAAUGUUUGAAGCGAGCGCCAAUCGGCGACCGCGCAGUGCACAGCGCAGCAACGGAGUUGGUGGCGUUGCCAGCAAGGUGGCCAAUUAUAAAUCGAUAAUAAAGGAGCAGAAAUCGAAUACGAAUUCAAGUUCAAAUUCGAUAAGUUUGCCGGGUGGAGCUUUGGCUGCCUCAACACCGAAGCAGACGCAACACCAACAACAGCAACGUUCAUCGACAAAUUAUGGCAACAAUGUGCCGGAUAUAAUACCGCGUCAAUUGGAUGCCAACAACUAUGAAUCGCCGAUGCUUGGCAAAAUGUUGGCACGCAAACAGCAGCAGCAACAACAACAACAACAGACUGAGGUGGGUUCGCCUGCAAUUGUUGUGGGCGGCGGUGGAGGUGGAGUUGAAAUUGGGGGUGCAAAACAGCAACAACAACAGCAACAGCGCUUAGUCAGCAGCAGCGUCGUCGUCGUCGAUCAGAACAGCGACAACGACGAUGAAAACAACGAAGACAAAGUCAAUGACGAUGACGUCGCCGUCGGAGCCGAAGACGUUGGGGAGGAGAACAACGAAAACAACGAAGACGGAGUCGGAGACGACGGCAACGACGGAGACGAAGCUGAUAAUAGUAAUGAGCACAACGCCGACAACAUUGACGAGGUUUGCAAUGGCGUUAAGUUGGGUGCGGCAGGCGGCGAUAAGUUAAUAGCAGCAGCGCAGUCGCUGGAAGAGACGACGUCUACAGCAGCAGGAGGAGGCGUUCAGCGUUCAUUCGCGAGCGCCUUGCAAGAGAAUGCGCACGUAACAUCGACAACGACAACGACGAGCAGUAACAUCAACAGCCGAAAAUUGCCUCAACGCGCCGAUAACAACGAUUCCUUAUCGAUAAACAACACAACAACAACAACGAGCGUGACGACCAAACAAAUUGGUGUUAUACGGCCGCUCUUAAAUCAAGCAGCAACGAGCAGCAGCAACAGCAACAACUCUUCAUCAUCCACGCAAUUAACCAGUCGCGAAAUUGAAAAGAAUCGCAUUAAUGAAAUGAAAAAAUCAAACGCAUUGGCCGCUGAUGCAGCAGCUCUAGCCGCCGCCGCCGCCUCUGGAGGGGGUGGCAACCCUAGUCUCGAUAACGUGAUAAAUACGAACAAGGAUGCCAGCGAAACGGACACAGCUGCUGCGGCAUCUAAUGCUUCACCGAUCUGGCCACACUUGCGCAAACGCCGUCAGCCCACUGCAAGUGGCGGGGUGGGUGGUGUGGGUGGAGGUGGCGGACAUGGCAACUCAUUGGCGGAUAACAACACAUCAAUGGUGUUCAAUUUCUCCAAGAGCAGCAAGGAGGUGCCCGACUACAUUGAAAGCGACGUUGUGAUCUACAGGCGGAAACGGGAACUGCCAAAGCCAAAUGAGCCUGGCUUCGUGUUGCUGGGCGACCUCUCGGUGGAGACAUCGACAGACACCGAUUACGAUGACUACUCCAUGUGCCCGCCAUCACCAUGCGAUGUGGAAUUCGAGAAUGCAAAUAUUGUGAUCGAUGGCAAGUCGAGUAUUCGACAAAAGGCCAAAGAUUCAUCGUUCCGCGUACAAUUCAACGAUACGUUAACGUCAACGUUUGAAUAUCCCUCCGAGGCAUCUCAGAUCAUUGAUGACCCACCGUAUGCCGAUCCCUAUGGCGGCAAUGUGAACAAACAUCAUCAGCUGCUCUAUGAGGAGCAGCUUAUUUUGCAACAGCAUCAACAACAACAACAGCAUCAUCAUGUGACUGUCGAUGAGAUAAUUGAGCUUCCAACAUCCACAACAACGCCAUCGACAUCCUCGACGAAAACAUCAGCGACCAGCGGCAUGCUGGGGAAUUUACCACUAGGCUCCACGGCUUUAGGUUUCUACACGCCCGUCAAGGCCUCGCCCAUGGACAGCCUCUUUCAGCUGGGCGUGACACGCUACACGACGCCCGAUAGCAGCAACAGCAACAGUAACAGCAGCGUUGGCAGCGCCGGCAGCACCAAUGGCAGUCCCUCUGCUGGCGGUGGAGCAUCGGGAGGAGGAGGAGGAGCAGCUUUUAAUGGCAAUGGCAGCAUUGUCGGCAUUGGCGAGGGUCUCAUCAAGGCGGACGAUGACGGGGCACGAGACGAGGACGAAUAUCCGCUGGCGUCUGUCUAUAGCGAGGGCGCCCAAAAGACGGAUUUAUUGUACUGAAUCGAUCUGGGAUAUCGAGAGACUCCAUCGCCUCGCCUCGCCUCUGAUACUGAUCUAUCUAUAAUAAUAUAUUUAUAGAUAUAUAUAUAUAUAUAUUACUAUUUUGUAAGUUGUAGGGCUAAACAAAAACAAAAAUAAUACGAUAUGUGUACAACAACAGAAAUGAUAAACAAAAAAACAAUUGCAACAUUUUUUUUUUUUAUAUAUAUAUAAAUAUUUACAUAUGGCAUAAUACUACAUACAUAUACAUAUAUUAUUAUGAUUAUUAUUAUUAUAUUAUAAUUAUUAUAAUUAUGAUUGUAAUGUAUUCUUGUGGCAAGUGCAUUUUGUAUUUGUAUUCCAUAUAUACAGCAAGCAGUAUCUACAAGCCUAUUUUUUUUCUAUACAUACUAUAUUUAAACAAAUAUACUUAUGAUUGUGUACUUUAAAAGAAAACAAGAAAACAAGAGAGAAAGAGAGAAAAGAAAACCAUGUAAACACCGAGGUUGAGCCACUGGUAAUUAAAAAGCCCCGUUGUGUGGAGUAUUAAUAAACCAUAAGCAUUAAGCAAACAAAACCCACUUGCAAACUUUUUUUUUUAACACCAAAAUCCACCCAUAAGCGAAAGACUAUUCCCCUCAUUAAAUGCAAAAACCGAAAAUUUGUAAACAUUUGCCUCAUAAAUAUUACAUGCAUAAACAUUAGCGUCUAUUUAAUAUUUUUUACAAUUGUAUUCCAUAAACCGAUAUAAUUAAAAUAUAUAUACAUACAAAAUAUAAAAACAUAUAUGUCAAGAAUAAAAUCAAAUCAAAAAUGCA